AAAGUGUAAUCGUGGGGUGAGGCGCACGCCGAGCAUCCACUUGGAACCAAAAACGUCAUCAUCAUCCACAGCCCGAACCUUGGCCGCAACUAGGCAGACGGAUUCUACGCUGACUUCCUCUUCUAGAAUCUUAAUUUGAUUCUAUUCACUAUCACCCCCUGUCAGCUGCAUUUAUAAAGUCAAUGAUUGCCCGACCAGCAGGUUGAAUACCCACUGUGCUCGAGCAACUCAACCAUGACUUCUGCGGACCUCUCCUCCGUUCCCAACGGAGUCCAGUCGGGCGCUGCUGCUGCUGCUUCCCCAGCCGCUUCCAACCCCGCGCCCGGCCAGAUCCUCACCGGAAAACAAGAACAUUAUCUCAAGCGCGAACUCAUCGCCCGCCAAGUGCAGAGCGAAAUUUCCGAGCUGAAUUCGCCAACCGCCCUCCGACGCUUCGGUGCCCCUUUCAAAUCCGAAUUCGGCGAAGUCGCGCCCGUCGACUCGGAGCUUCCCAUCCUACGAUACAUCUUCGUCCACCAUGUGCGCAAUUUCCCCUUCCUCGAUCAAGCUCGCGAGAAGGAGUUCUGGCAGGAUAAGUUACAAGUGUUCCUCGAAUCGUUCGCGACGAAGCAUGUAUCCUCCUCCGAAGAUCGUCUGGAAGAGACCAAGCGUCGGAAGUUAGCCCGGAAGUGCGAGAAACUGGUCGAGCUGAUGAUGGUCUCUGGUAUCCCCACGGCAUCGGGCUACGAGGAGCGCAUCCAGUUCUCGGAGAUGGAGGUGGUAGACCGAGGGGCUAAUGAAAAGGGGCUGUUGGUCAAUAUGCCGGAGGGUCAUGCCAUCCAUGGCUGGGACGUCAACGUGGCUGCCGUACGCGUUACCUCGGUCAGGAGGACGGUGCGAUACCACCAGCAUGCGGAGUUUAUCCUUCGAGUGCGCCGCGACGGACAGCCAGAUCUCUUCGUGGCUCGACGAUAUGGCGAUUUCGCCAAGUUUCACAAGCGACUACGCACGGAAUUCCCAGGGAAGCCACUCCCACCUCUUCCCCGCAAGAACAAAUCCUCCACGACAACGAGCUGGUUCGGAUCGGCAGACGAUGAAGCAUCCUCAGUGUCGUCGGUAUCAACAGUGGGUGUCGCUGUGGUUGAUGACGGCACGUCCUCCCGUAACUUGGCCCCCGGAAACCACCAUCAGCGGUCGUUGUCGCGGUCAUCCAGGCGUUCCGUAAGAUCUCCCCGAGCUUCCAGCGACGGGUCGAGGGAGACGGUACUUUACCGCGAAGAGCAGAGAGUUUCUCUUCGGGCGUUCCUUCGUACCUUGCUGCAAAACAAGCGUAUAGCUGAGACAAAGGCCAUGGAAGAGUUCCUCACAGCGGACCCCAUCAUUUUGAAUGAAGAGGAGGUGCUGGACAUGCAGAAGCGCAAAGAUGUCGAUGCGGUGCGCAUAGAGGAGCAGAAGCGGUUCUACGAGAUCGCCAGGGCGCGUGCAGCCGAAUUGGACGUCUACAUGGAGAACUUCCGCCGCGAUAUUGUGGAGAGCAACGGUUUGACCAAACUGUUCGCUGAAAUCAAAGAAAAGCCCACGGUGCAGGAUCUGAGUCCCAAGUAUCAGAAAUUUGCGGAGUGGCUCCGGAUAGAGGUUGCUGCAACACUUUACCACCUUUUCCUGGCCGAGGAUAAUUCCCCUGAAUUGUUCGCGCAAGCUAAGCGAAUUCAUUCGCUUGUCCCGUACACUUUGUUGAAGAAUGUUAUUCGUAUUGCCAACCCCGCGGCCGUCAUGGCAGGAGUGCUGGACCUGUUCUUGGCCCAACCCUUCGGCUCUCGCUCCCUGCUCCAGCGGAUCUUCUCCAUGACCCUCAACGAUGGCAUCAAGGCCUUCCAGAAAUCGAUCGAUGCGUUGGCUGCCAAGGUCGAUGAUCCCAUUCUUUGCCAAAAGUUGAAAGCCUUUACCGAUGCCGACGAAGAGGUCAAGAACGAGAUUCGUGCCGAAGCUGCCGCCGAGGAUGUUGACAUUAUCGUGGCCAUCCUCCGUAGCGAGUAUCUGCAACCCGAGCUGGCUCCAGAGCAAUUCGGCAAGGUGUUUAAUGGAUACGUAGCAUGGAACCAAGCCGUGGACAAUGUUGAGGUGGAGAUGCGCGAGGGGGCGCACUGGUUUGCGAACUUGAAGCAGCUUCUGAAGCUGUACACUCGUCAAAGGGACAAGGCUAUGAUGUUGAGUAUCGUAGAAGAGCCAACUACUCUUCAGCUGUUCCGCGACCUCUUCACCAUUUUCUACGAACCCCUGGUGCGCGUCUACAAGUCUGCCAACGUCUACAGCAGCAUCACCGAUUUUGCACAUUUCGCCGACGAUGCGAUUGCGGUGAUUGAGAAGUGUCAGCGGCAAGAUGUGUCGGCAGAUCCGAACCAGACCGUACAAGCCUUUAUCGACCUGUGCGAGCGCCAUCAAAGUAGCUUCUACAAAUUCGUUCACGAAGUUCACCUGCACGACAAUGGCCUGUUCAGUUCUCUCAUGGCGUGGAUCGAGGAGAUUCUGGAAUUCCUGCGCAAGGGGCCGCGCGGUGGUGCGCUCGAUAUGAACGCCUUGCUUCGGGGAGCCACGGAUUUCGUGCAGAUUGACAAGGACAAGGCCCUGGAAGAGAUCAAUGCCCUGAUCAAGUGGCAUGAAGACCGAAAGCGGUGGCACUUGAACAAGACGCGGCAGAAGAUGGCCGCUGAGGGCACGGCACAUGACGGAUAUUUGGGUAACGCGUCAUUCCGAGGCAGCGACUUUGGCCUCGACGAGGCCGACCUGGAAGAUCUUGCCAUCUCGGACGCCGAGUCGGAAGCAUCCGAAGAUCUGGACGACGAAGAAGACCUGGACCCGAUCUCGGCGGAGCGCAGGCGGCGGGUCAAGCAGCAGGACCAACUUCGGCGUACGGCGGGCGAGCCGGUCAAGCCGGACAUAAGCGAAAUUCUCAAGUUGUCCGAGUCAUUUGGCGUUAUGUUGCGACAGUCCAUCGCCUCACUCGCCUCGCACAGCGGUUCCUCUGCGGGGUCUCUUCCUCGAAGGCGUUUGGCGCUGCAACUGUCCAGAGCGUCCCCCAGCCGUGAAAUUCCAAACCAAGAACCAUGGUUCUACGUCUGCCAAAAGCCCCAAGAGAAACGCUGUCGCUUCUUUCUCUGGGCCAGCGACGCCGAAGUUCGCGAGAAGCACGCCGUCUUGACGAACUCUCGCACUGAACCUGCCACGGAUUCCUUCUCCUCUACUGCCACCACUGCCACGAUUUCCGCCCCCGAGACACCCUCCAAGAAACCACGCCUAUCUGAAACUGGCCUUCUAACCCCGCAAACUGAUCGUACGGUAAGAUUCGGAGGUAUGGGCCUGGACAAUAGUGGAGCAAGAGGGAAGGGAGGACGGUUGAGUGCGACUAUGCCUCCUCAAAGCGCCAAAGCGCGCAUGAUGGCUGAAGAUUUUGAUGAAUUUGAAUGGGAGGAUUCGGAUGAUGCGGUGGUGGAGAAUAUACUUAGUUCUCAGGAACAGAGGCAGCAACGGGCUGCUGCUGCUGCUGCGCCAAUGCGACAGCCGAAUUUCGGGCCUCCCAAGACGCCGUCCCGAGACGCAGCUGGGGCUUCUGCGCCAGGGAAGAGAAAGUUCGAUGACAUCUCGGAGGGCUCGAAGACGGAAGUCUUUACACCGACAUCGUUGGCUAGAUCUUUUACGGAUCGGGCGGUGUCGUUCUCGUCUUCUGUGUCGCCGUCGUCGUUAGAGUUCUCGAAGACGCCUACGCCGGUGAGGUUUGGGACUAGUCCGGCUACAGGUGAAGAUAAGGCUUCGUCUGAGCUGAUUGCGCAAGCUGCUGAGAUCCUAGAAAGGAAUAAGGUGGUGAUGUCGGAGAAAGCGAAGGGUGAGUUGAUGGAUCUCUUGCAGAAGCAUGACUUGAAGAUGAAGGGGAUUGCCCGGGGACGGGACAUUUCCAGGAUUGCGUUGAAGAAGAAGGACGAUCAAAUUAAGGCGUUGAAUGAGCGAGUAGCAAUGCUGGAAAGGAGCGACCUCCCCGCCAUGUUCCGUCCUCCAGUGAACCGGGCCAUGAGAGUCCUGGACCGGUCCUUCUUUAAGAAGACGGUACCGAUCUCUGCGGCAGCGAUUUUCAAGACAUCGGAUAUCUCCAAUGUGCGGAAGGAAUUGACCAAGAGCCGGGAUAUGCUCGUGCUGCCGAGAUUGGGCUCUAUAAGGGAGAUUAAGAUCAAUGAUUUGGUGCAUAAGUGUCUUUUGUUGAGGGAGGAUAUUAAGCAUGAUGAUACUGCGACAUGGUCGCCGACGAUUAGUGAGCUUGUGAAAAAGGGAAUGGUUGGCGUUAAGCCUUAUGAUUUGACGUUGGAUUACGAUUACUGGACUUAUGCGGAUAUCAUGUCCUGCAUUCUUCCCGAGGACAUGCUCGAUGAGAUCCCUCAGGGAUUCACGCAAGUCGGCCAUGUUUCGCACCUCAACCUCCGCGAGCAAUACCUGCCUUACAAGCACCUGCUUGCCCAGGUCCUGCUGGACAAGAACCCCAACAUCAGCACCGUCAUCCGCAAGACCGAGGAUGUGGGCUCCCACAGUGAAUUCCGCACGUUCCCCUUUGAGCUGCUGGCCGGUGAGGACAACCUGAACGUUGUCCAGCACGAGCAACACUGCGAGUUCCGCUUCGACUACUCGCGUGUGUACUGGAACAGCCGUCUCGAGACGGAGCACCGUCGUCUCGUGGACAAGUUCCGCCCUGGAGAGAUGGUCUGCGACGUGAUGGCAGGCGUCGGGCCCUUCGCAGUGCCCGCAGGCCGCAAGAAGAUCUUCGUGUGGGCCAACGAUCUCAACCCGCACGGAUACGAGGUGAUGCUGGACGCCGUCAAGCGCAACAAGGCCGACAAGUUCGUCACCCCCUUCAACAAGGACGGUCGCGAGUUCAUCCGCUGGUCUGCCCAGGCCCUCCUGGACUCUCCCCACACCGUGACCAUCGAGCCCAAGGUGCGCAGAAGCAAGAAGGCCGCCGCAGAGGAAAAGGGAGAGGCACUCCCCGCCCCGGAGGUGUUCCAUCGCCCUAACGUCUUCCAUCACUACGUGAUGAACCUCCCCGGUAACGCGAUUGAGUUCCUCGACGCCUUUGUCGGCGUCUACGCAGGCAAGGAGUCGCUCUUUGCCCCUCACACGUCUCAGCCGCUGCCCAAGGUCCAUGUGUACUGCUUCUCGGGCCACUCUGCGGACGAACACGAUGACCACGUCGACAUCUGCCAGCGCAUCUCGGAGCGCAUUGGACACACUAUUACCACCGAGGACCGUGUCGGCGGCAGCGGUAACCAGGAGAUCGAUUUGACCAUCCACAACGUCAGAUUGGUCAGCCCCAACAAGCAGAUGUUCUGCGCCAGCUUCCGUCUGCCAAAGGAGGUUGCAUUCCGCCAGAUCUAACUUGCUAUCGAGAAAACUUCUGAAGCAUCAUAUACGAACGAUCUACUUAACGCAUAGCAUACAGGCGUUUUGGCUAUGGAUAUAGAAAAAGUGCCGAUAAAAUGUUGAAU